UAACUCUCUCCACCAAUGAGCGAUCCCCAAACUGUGAAGGCGGAAGAAAACACGGAAGCAACACGGACACGUCGACUGGCUGCGAUAAAACGCUUCCGCUCCCAGCUGCCUGAAUGGAGAAGGACAGCGAGCUGCUUCUGGCCACAGAGAGAUAUGGCAGCGCGGGCUCCUGGAGGUAUUCAGUGAAAGAUGGAGCGGUAGAGAGAAGGAGAGAAGGCAGUGAAGGUGCUUCAAGAACAAACUCUAUCGUUGGAGUGUUUAAAAGCGUGUUUCUGCCUCAAGGCUACCCAGAGAGCGUCAGUGAUGACUACCUGCAGUACCAGUUCUGGGAUACAGUGCAGGCUUUCUCCAGCUCUCUGUCUGGGACUCUGGCCACUCAGGCGUCUCUCAAGGGGGUCGGUGUUGGAGACCAAGAGGCCACAGUGGCUGCAGCCACAGUCACCUGGUUAUUGAGAGAUGGGACGGGCAUGUUGGGAAGAAUCCUCUUCGCCUGGCAGAAAGGGAGUAAACUGGACUCUGAGGCCAAAAAAUGGAGGCUUUUUGCUGAUGUGCUCAACGACACUGCCAUGUUCAUGGAGAUAUUGGCCCCAUACUUCCCUGCUUGUUUCAUCUCGAUUGUGUGUAUCGCUGGGAUAUUCAAGUCCAUUGUUGGAGUUGCAGGUGGAGCGACCAGAGCUGCUUUGACGGUUCAUCAGGCACGCAGAGACAACAUGGCCGACAUCUCUGCCAAAGAUGGAAGUCAGGAGACGUUAGUGAACUUGGCAGGACUGCUGAUCAGCUUGAUGCUCAUUCCCCUCGUCACUAAUAAUCCAAUACUGACUCUCAGCCUCUUCUUCCUCUUCACCAUCCUCCACCUUUUUGCCAAUUACAAGGCUGUGCGUUCGGUUGUCAUGGAAACCUUCAAUGAGGCACGGCUUUCAAUCGUGUGGCAGCAAUACCUGAAAGACAAAAGAGUCCUGAGUCCACAAGAGGCCAAUCAGAGAGAGACAGUUUUCUUUGAGUUUAGGAAAACAGUGCCAAUCAGACUUGGAGUGAGGCUACAGGAGAUUGUGCAAAGCCCAGAAGAUCUUCAGAUGGCUUUGUGGAAAAAGAACAUGCCUUACCUCUUAGGAGUGAGAAACGGGUGUGUAUGUGUUUGUUUGGGACCAGAAGCGUCGGUACAUGAUGAAAUCAGAGCAAUGUGUCAUGCUGUGUGGAUCAGCAGCAAGUUAAGCCCUCCAGCUUCCAAAGAACCUGUUACACAACAGCAAAGUCACUGGGAGAUGGUGCAUGAGAGUCACAAGCUGAUUGACACUACUUUUAAUCCGUUUCUCAAAGGUGUAGAAGCUGCAGGAUGGGACACAAAACGAACUCUGCUGGACUGGGAUGAGUGGAGGGUCACGUGGAAAUCUAAGAGCAGCUGAGCUGUGAGGCAUCUGCAGCCAAUUGUCACUGUUUAUAUCACAUCUAAUAAACAAUUAUAUUUUCAUGUGCA